AUGAUAACUCAAAAUUAAUGCAUAGAAGAUUAUAGGAUAUAAUUGAAUUCAUCAAUAGGAAGAGGAAGUUAUGGAGAAGUCUUUGAUUGCAAGUCGAUAAAAUAUCCUUAGCUUUCUUUAUGUGCAAAGGUAAGAAUUACUAAUAUUUAGAUAAUUAAUGCAUAAGUUUUAGAAAAGUAUAAGAAUAUAGAAAAAAUGAUUUCACAACUUGUUUCUCAAAAUAAAUAAAAUCAAAACUUAGUGACUAUUUAUGAUGUAAAACACAUGAAUGAAGAUAAAAAAUUGAUAAUUAUCAUGGAGAAAUGUGAAUCCAAUUUAUAAAAAAUCAUUAAUUUUUAAAAAAAAUUUAAUGAUUUAGAAGUUUCUAAUUUCAUAGAUUAAUUUUUAAAUGGAUAUCAGGUUCUUUAUGAUAAUAACAUUAUACAUAGAGAUAUCAAACCAGAAAAUAUAUUAAUUAAAUAAAAGACUUAUAAAUUAUCUGAUUUUGGAACAGGCAAAAUUUAUAAAGCUAAUGAUUUUAAAAUUACAAAAAUUGGAACUCCUGUCUACACAGCUCCUGAAAUAAAUUCAUUAGUUUAAGACACUGAACUUGAUGACCGUUUUUAAAAAAUUAAAUUUAAUCAACAUUCUAAGAGUCAAGUGGAUAUUUUUUCUGUAAUAAUACUUUAAUAUAAUUAGCUUGGUAUAAUUUUAUAUUAAAUGGUAUACGGUGAAUUACCCUUUGAACAAAAAUAAACCAGUAUUAUUGAGUUUGCAAAAAGAAUAAAAUAGAAUCCUUUGUAAUUAACAGGAUAAUCAUAGCAUAAGAAAAUUAUAGAAUAAAUGCUGAUUUAUUAUCCUGAUGAAAGAAUGACCUUUUAAUGUUUAUAUAAUAUUAUCGCUGAAAAAAAAAAUACCAAAAUUUCAUACCCAAUAUCAUUUAAGUAAAAGGAUAAUUAAAUUAAAUAACCACAAGUUAGUGCAACAAUGUCAAGCUUAAAUUAAAAUGGAGGAAACUAAAAUGGAUUAAAUUAAAUUAUAAUAAAUUAAAAUGGAGGAAUUUAAAAUAUAUCCAAAAAAAAUGAAAUCAAUUAAACUGGAGGAAACUAAAAUAGGGUAAAUUAAAAUAUAAUCAAUUUAAAUGGAUUAAAUUAAAAUUUAUUUAAUUAGAAUGGAUUUAACUAAAAUGGAUUAAAUUAAAAUUUAAUAAAUUAGAAUGGAUUCAAUUAAAAUGGAGUAAUUAAAAAUGAAUUGAAUUAAAAUGAAGCAAAUUAAAAUAGAUUAAAUUAAUAGUUUUAACUUUAAAAUAAUUGUAUGCCUAAUAUUAAAAUUAAAAGUAAUCAAUUUUAAACACCUCCUUAAAAAGAGGACCUAUCCCUUAUUAGUCCACAUUAAAAGAUUAAAGAAUAUUUGCAAUUUUUAUUGUAAUUAUAAAUAGCUUAAAUUUAGGAAUGAUAAUGGAGAUAUUAUUAAGGAUGAUAUUAAAAACUUAAUUUAGUAUUUAAUCCAAAAUUCAACAUUUUCCAUUGACUAAUUAAAAUAAUUAAUAACAAUUUAUAAAAAUUAAAUAUAGAAACCAGAUUUGUGCGAGAAUAAGACUUUAAUUUUUUUUUACUGUAUACUAUGUAUACUAAACAACACUACUCCUUUAAAUAUUCAGAGUUUUGAUGAUAAGAAAUUAAGAGAGGAAAUAAAACGAUUAUACGAUAAUUUAAAUUCUACUUGA